ACGGCAACCAAAAAAUCCAAACCGAAUCAGUUACGAGGAAUACAGGCAAAAUGUCAUCACUUUGCAAAUAUUGUACCGUCUUGUUUUGGCGGAGUCGCUUGGGAUACAAUCGCCACUGACGCGGGUACAGUGAUGGCUUCACAUUAGCUUUGUCGCAUCACCGUGCACCCUUUUGAUCGCUGCCGCGGUGGCUGUUGUGAGCGUUUCUCUGACAUACAUGAGUCCCAUUCCGUAAGCAUGACAAAAGACAUAGUGCUUGGCGAUGAUCUGCCUGACUGGGUGGGCGCAAAGGAGUUUUACCAGAAGUAUGACCCCAAAGAGGUGAUUGGCCGGGGCGUGAGCAGCGUGGUGCGCAGGUGCGUGCACAGACACACGGGGCAGGAGCUGGCCGUCAAGAUCAUCGAGAUCACCGCAGAGAAGAUGACCAUCCAGCAACUGGAGGAGGUGAGGACAUCCACGCUCAAGGAGAUCCAAGUCCUCAACAUGGUCAAAGGCCACUCGUCAAUCAUUACUCUCGUUGAUUCCUAUGAGUCCACUACCUUCAUCUUCCUGGUGUUUGACCUAAUGAGGCGGGGGGAGCUGUUUGACUACCUCACAGAAAAAGUUACCCUCAGUGAGAAAGAAACGAGGAGCAUGAUGCGAGCUCUGCUGGAAGCGGUGCGCUACCUCCACUCCCGCCACAUCGUCCACCGCGACCUGAAACCUGAAAACGUUCUGCUGGACGACCAGGGACACAUUAAACUGUCCGACUUUGGCUUCUCGGUGCAGCUGCAGCCCGGGGAGAAGCUGAGAGAGCUUUGUGGAACACCCGGCUACUUGGCUCCCGAAAUACUGAAAUGCUCCAUGGAUGAAAUGCAUCCGGGCUACGGAAAAGAGGUUGACCUCUGGGCAUGCGGCGUGAUCCUCUUCACCUUACUGGCCGGCUCGCCGCCCUUCUGGCACCGCAAACAGAUGCUGAUGCUCAGGAUGAUCAUGGAGGGCCGCUACAAGUUCGGCUCGCCCGAGUGGGACGACCGCUCGGACACUGUCAAGGAUCUGAUCUCCAGGCUGCUGGUGGUGGAUGCUGCCGCGCGUCUGACGGCCGAGCAGGCCUUAGCUCAUCCUUUCUUCAGGCAGUACCAGAAGGAAGACGUGCGAUGCUUCAGCCCCAGAAGGUCGUUCAGGGUGCUGAUCGUGACCGUGCUGGCGUGCAUCCGGAUGUACGGCCGCUACCGCAGGGCCCGCCCGCUGACCCGCGAGGUGCUGGCCCGGGAUCCUUACUCGCUGAGGGGCGUGCGCAAGCUCAUCGACGGCUGCGCCUUCCGCAUCUACGGCCACUGGGUGAAGAAAGGCGAGCAGCAGAACCGGGCCGCCCUCUUCCAGAACACCGCCAAGGUCAUGCUGCUCGAGCUGGAGGACUUUGAAACAUAAACCUCAUCUUUAGUCUUAUUUUUCAUUUUAAGAGGAGGGACUCGGGGAAUUUAUGCCUUACCGCAUGCUGUCUCAAGCACGCACAUAGUUUAACAAAAAUAAGAAUCCUGCUAAGCAUUUUUUGGGGGGGGGGGGUGUGAAGGGGGUUGUUUUAAAUUGCCUCAAGUCGCAUUUUUUGCAGUGCGCUUAGCGCUAAAGGGCGUUUAUGCACGUGCUCAUUCGUGUUUGGGGGGCGGGGGGGGGGGGGGGGGGGACUGUGAUUAGCUAUUUAACAUGAAACUACUCGGUUUGCUUUCGUCGGGUUUCAGUUGAACCUUUGGGAUGAAUCUAAAAUGUACAAGUGGAGAAAUGUGCGUUUCACACUUCCGAGAAGGUCAAAUCCAGUUCUGGAAAGGAUCUGGUGCGUUUUAGGUUCAUCCUCAAAUGUCAACCAAACGUUUCACGAGUCGUCCAUUACGCGUAUGGCUCGAUGGUGUCUCAUAUUUACAGAUCUUCUAAGACCAAUGUGAAAUAUUUACAGCGUGUACUGUACUUGGCAUGUUUUUUGGUUUCCAAAAAAAACAAAUCUCCAUGUUUCUUCAAGAAGAAACCAAGCGUUUGUGACCGUAUUUCCUGUGAAAAACUCAUUCCACUGCACCAUGACCGUUGAAAGUGACGAAAUAAAAACUAUUUAAUAUUUGCUCCACAA